GUGAGUGUGGCUGCCCAGGUAUAUAUAUAAAGCGCUGCGCCGUAGCGAGACACACACACAGACACGCCAGACAUCAGCAUGAAGGCGUUCGUGAUCCUCUCCUGCGCGGCAGCGGUGGCCGUGGCUCAGCACCGGCCCCUCAAGGAUGCCAGUCAUUUCCAUGCCAUCACGGAACCCCACCUGCCCCGCGACCCGAACGUGCUCCUGGCUACACAGAAUUUCCUCAACCAGUAUGCGGAAUUGAAGGCGCUUGCUGAUGCUGCUCCCGACCCACCCCCCCGUCCCACUGGCUUUGUCCAGAGACCUGUAGCUAUCCAGAGGCCUAUCCCCGUCCAUCCACCACCCACUCUUCCUAGCGCCCACCGCUUCGCACCCCAGCCUGUUGCCGCCCCUGUGGCUGUGGCCCCUCCCUCCCCACCUCCUUCCCCUGCUCCCAUUCACGUGCCCCAUCAGCGUCAAUUUGAUGUGCAUGGCGAGAUCCGCUCCCUCCUGAACAAGCACAGGCCCAGGGUUGUCCCCACCUUCGCUCCCGCUCCUGUAGCCCCCAGCCCCACCCCUGCUCAUGCUGUUGCCCAGCCAGCUCCCACUUUCGCCCCUGCCCACCGUCCCUCACCAGCUGUGAGAUUCCCCAGCUUUUCCGUUAUGAGCAACGUGGGCGGCCACCAGAGGGCCAUCAACUCUCACCAAGUUACCAGCACUGGCUUUGCCCCUGACGUGCUCGCCGCCCAGAAGGACCUCGCCGCCGCCCACCAUAACAUUCUGAGGCAGCAGGCCGCUCUCGCCCCCAGAUUUUUCUAAACACUCUCCAACCUGCCCGCCUAGCCUGCCCACACCCUCAAGUCCAAGAGUUACCAAGGUCUCUGGCCGCCGUGGGAGGGGAUGGCACAGCAGCAACAGCCCACAUUGGUGCCUGCGCCUAGUGUAGUCCAUGACGACGUUCUGCCGUUGUAAGGUAGAGCGAGGCACGACUGUACAUACGUCUGUGUGUAAAUACAUUUUAUACAAACUUUA